GCAUUCAGUGUGAUCGCCAUGUUCAACGUGAUGAAGUUCUCCAUCGCCAUCCUGCCCUUCUCCGUCAAGGCGGCGGCCGAAGCCAGCGUCUCCCUGAGGAGAAUGAAGAGAAUUCUCGUAGCCAGAAGCCCCCCCUCCUACAUCACCCAACCAGAAGGCACAGGCACUGUCUUGCUUUUAGCAAAUGCCACCCUGACGUGGGAGCAAGAGGCCGGCCGGGAAAGCGACGUAAAGAAAGCGGAGAAGCAGGAAAAGCACCUUCUCACGAAACAGAGGUCGGAGACGUACAGGCCGAGUGCCUCGGCCCCAGGCGCCGCGGGCCCGGAGGACCGGAGCGGUGGCAGCAAGUCGGUCCUGCACAACAUCAGCUUCGUGGUGAGGAAGGGGAAGGUCCUGGGGAUUUGCGGGAACAUUGGGAGCGGGAAGAGCUCCCUCAUCGCAGCUCUGCUGGGCCAGAUGCAGCUGCAGCAGGGGGUGGUGGCGGUCAGCGGGACCCUGGCCUACGUGUCCCAGCAGGCGUGGAUCUUCCACGGGAGCGUGAGGGAGAACAUCCUGUUCGGAGCCAAGUACGACCACCAGAGGUACCAGCACACGGUGCGAGUCUGCGCCCUCCAGGAGGACCUGAGCAGCCUGCCUUACGGGGACCUGACCGAGAUCGGGGAGCGGGGCCUCAACCUCUCGGGGGGGCAGAGACAGAGGAUCAACCUGGCCCGCGCCGUCUACUCGGACCGCGAGGUCUACCUGCUGGACGACCCGCUGUCGGCCGUGGACGCCCGAGUGGGGAAGCACGUGUUCGAGGAGUGCAUCCGGAAGACGCUCCGCGGCAAGACGGUCGUCCUGGUGACGCACCAGCUGCAGUUCCUGGAGUCCUGUGACGAGGUCAUUUUGUUGGAAGAUGGAGAGAUCUGUGAGAAGGGAACCCACCAGGAGCUAAUGGAGGAGAGAGGGCGCUACGCAAAGCUGGUGCACAACCUCCGGGGGCUGCAGUUCAAGGACCCUGAGCACAUCUACAACGCGGCGAUGGUGGAGGCCCUGCAGGAGGGCCCCGCGGACAGAGACGAAGGUGCGGGUCUGAGCGUUCUGGCUCCCGAUGAAAAAGAGGAAGAAAAAGAAUCCGACACGUACUCAGAAUUCAUAGACGUCAAAGCCCCUCUGAACCAGCUCGUCCAGACCCAGCCCCCCCGGGAAGGAGCCGUGACCUGGAGGACGUAUCACACGUACAUUAAGGCGGCUGGAGGCUACCUCCUCUCCCUCUUCACCGUGACGCUCUUCCUCCUCAUGAUCGGCAGCACCGCCUUCAGCAACUGGUGGCUGGGCUUCUGGCUGGACAAGGCCUCGGAGAUGACCUGUGGGCCGCAGACCAGCCAGGGCCCGUGUGAGAUCGGCACGGUGCUGGCCGACACUGGGCACGGCGUGUACCAGUGGGUGUACGCAAGCA